AUGGGGUACGAUAAGCUGGACGACCUCGCCAUCAACAGCAUCCGAUUGCUCGCAGUCGAUGCGACAUUCAAGGCGAACUCGGGUCACCCGGGUGCGCCCAUGGGAAUGGCACCCGUGGCUCACGUUCUCUUCAACAAGUUCAUGACUUUCAACCCAAAGAACCCCAACUGGCUCAACCGCGAUCGCUUCGUCCUCUCCAACGGCCAUGGCUGCCUGCUACAGUAUGCUCUCCUGCACAUGUUCGGCUACGGCAUCAGCAUGGAUGAUCUCAAGGCUUUCCGUCAGCUCGACAGCAUCACUCCCGGUCACCCCGAGGCACACGACACACCUGGUAUCGAGGUCACCACCGGCCCUCUCGGUCAGGGUUUCACCAAUGCCGUCGGUCUUGCCAUUGCCCAGGCUCACACUGCUGCCAUCUACAACAAGCCUGGCUUCGAGCUUUCAAACAACUACACCUACGUUUUCUUCGGUGAUGGAUGUGCCAUGGAGGGUAUCGCUAGUGAGGCUGCGUCUACUGCUGGACACUUGCAACUCGGAAACCUUAUUGCUGUUUACGAUGAUAACCACAUUUCCAUCGACGGUGACAUCAAGUGCGCAUUCACCGAGGACGUCACGAAGCGCUUCGAGGCAUACGGCUGGCACGUAGAGUGGGUCAAGGACGGUGACAGCGACUACGAGGGUAUCGAAGCUGCCAUCGCCAAGUGCAAGGCGGUCAAGGACAAACCCUCCAUGAUCCGACUCACCACCACCAUCGGCUUCGGUUCUCUGCUUCAGGGUACCGGAGGCGUGCAUGGCAACGCUUUGAAAGAGGAUGAUUGCAAGCAGGUCAAGAAGAAGUUCGGCUUCAACCCGGAGGAGUCCUUCGUAGUGCCCCAGGAGGUGUACGACUCGUACAAGAAGCACGCUGACGAAGGCGCGGCCGCCGAGAAAGAGUGGGAUGAGCUGUUCGAGAAGUACAGCGCGGAGCACAAAGACCUUGCGGCCGAUCUGAAGCGACGUCUCACUGGCAAGCUCCCUGAGGGUUGGCAGACGAAGCUUCCCGUGUGGAAGCCCACCGACAAAGCCAUUGCUACUCGCAAAACCUCGGAGACAGUGCUCGAGUCAAUUUACGAGGCAGUGCCCGAAUUAUUGUCUGGAUCCGCUGACUUGACUGGCUCGAACAACACCCGAUGGAAGAAGGCCGUCGACUUCCAGCCGCCAAACUCAGGCAUUGGCGACUACAGUGGUCGCUACCUCCGCUAUGGCGUACGUGAGCACGCUAUGGCUGGUAUCAUGAACGGCCUGUCGGCCUACGGUACCAUCAUCCCAGCUGGCGGCACCUUCCUCAACUUCGUCUCAUACGCGGCCGGAUCUGUGCGUCUCUCGGCACUCUCACACCAGCGUGUCAUCUACGUUGCAACUCACGACUCCAUUGGUCUCGGUGAGGAUGGCCCUACCCACCAGCCGAUUGAGGUUCUGGCACACUUCCGCGCCCUGCCUAACAUGAUGGUCUGGCGUCCUGCGGAUGGUAACGAGACGUCCGCUGCAUACUACGUCGCUCUCACAAACACCGGCACACCCUCGAUUCUUGCACUUACUCGCCAGAACCUGCCACAACUCGAGGCUUCCACGCUCGAGCGUGCGAUCAAGGGUGGCUACGUUGCACUUGAGGACGAGGCGGCUCAGAUUACCCUUGUCGCCACUGGAUCUGAAGUAUCACUCUGCCUGGAGGCCGUCAAGUACCUUGCCGAGCACAAGAGCAUCAAGGCUCGUGUGGUCUCGCUUCCUUGUUUCGAGGUCUUUGACUCGCAGCCUAAGGACUACAAGCUUUCGGUGAUCCCCGACGGCAUCCCCACUCUGAGUGUCGAGGUCAUGAGCACUCUGGGCUGGGAGAAGUACUCACAUGAGCAAUUCGGUCUUAACCGAUUCGGUGCCUCCGGCCCUUACCUCGAUGUCUACAAGAAAUUCGAGUUCACUCCUGAGGGCAUCACCAAGCGUGCCGUUGCCACCAUCGAGUUCUACAAGGACGUCAAGCCGCUCCGCUCGCCUUUGAACCGUGCCUUUGAGCAGCUCAUCUAA